GGUUCCAGCUCUCACCAACCUCCUCACCCAAGCCAGACCAGGUCAGGGAAUCCAACCAAUAGUUAUUUUUCUAUCUACGCAUCUGCCACGAUGACCCUACGUGAGUCGCCUUUCUCUAACCCCUGUGCUCGGGGGCUGCACUGUGUGGCCUGGGCCCUGAUCUUCCCCUGUUUCUGGAGCCUGGACUGCACGGUGGCUGUCUGCAAGCCCACCAGCUACGAGAAGGACCAACAGGAGGAAGAGUGCUGUCUUCGGCCGGUCAAGCUUUCUCUCUCCUUCCUGCUGCACCUGCUCCUCAUGAUUGCUUUCACCCCAUUGGCCUUGUUGGGUUUCCUGCUCUGGGCUCCUCUGCAGAACGCUCGCCGGCCUUUCACCUACUCACAAGCCAGGACGAAGACAGGGGGGACCCAGCAGCAGGAGACCUGGACGGGGAGCGCCGGUGGCAAAGGUUUUGGCUUUGUCACUGCCAACCUGUGCCUCCUGCCUGAGUCGCUGGCCCGCUUCAACAACCUGGGCCACACCAAGAAGAGGGCCGAGCAAAUAGCCAGCCGCGUGCUGCAGACCAGCCAGAGGCCCAGGCUGCGGGUGGAGGUGGAGUCGCCCACCAGCCUGGCUGCCAGUGUGGGGAGUGGGAGCAGGAGCAGCCUGGGGCCCUACCCCGGCCCCACCCUCAGCCUCCCCCCCGGCCUGCGCCACAUGGACAGCUCGGAGAGCAGCGAAGCUAGCUCCCCGGGCCCCCUCCCCCCGCCAGACGCCCCGCUGACCGCGAGCCAGCCCGGGGCGGCUCUGGCACCGCAGUCGGCGGGCUCCCUCCCCCCGCCAGGGGCCCUGCUGACCCCGAGCCAGCCCGGCGCGGCCCCAGCGCGUCGAACGGCCUGCACCGAGCAGCCUGAUCCCCGGGACCUACCCUUGGGGGAGAUCACGGCCCUCUUCCCGCCGGACGUGGCGUUCCUCUGCUUCCAGGAAGUGUUCGACAAGCGUGCGGCGGGCUUGCUGCGGCGGCACUUGGAGCCGUGUUUCCCGCACACGCUGUCAGACGUGGGCGUCUACGCCUUCCAGGGUGGCUGCAGCUUCAAGUUCCUGAACAGUGGGAUGUUCGUGGCCAGCCGCUACCCCGUGCUGCAGGCCAACUACACCUGCUUCCCCUCGGCCCGCGGGGAGGAUGCGCUGGCCGCCAAGGGACUACUGUGUGUCAAGGUGCUGGUCGGCCGGUCUGACAGAGGCCAGAGGAUCGUAGGCUAUUUCAGCUGCACUCACCUUCACGCCACGGCAGAGGACUCUGCAGUUCGACAGCAACAGCUGGACGAGGUGGUGGACUGUGUGCAACUGUUCCUGAGCAGUUCGCGGGGGCCUGAGGAGAAGGUGGUGUUUGACGUUAUCUGCGGCGAUCUUAAUUUCGACAACUGCUCCCAGGAUGACCACCUUGAGCAGCACCACCGGCUGUUUAACAUGUACAAAGAUCCGUGCCGGGCCAGGCCAGGCCAAGACAAAUCCUGGGUUGUAGGGACUCUGCUGGAACAAGCCAGCAUGUACGAUGAGCCUGUGAACACUCCAGAAAACCUGCAGCGGACCCUGGAGAACGAGGAGACGAGGAGAAAGUACCUGGCAUUGCCGAUCACUCCGGGAUUCUCGGAUCACCUGGAGCUGGGAGCAGCAGGGAACGGCCGCAGGAUCGAUUACUUACUGUAUCGGGAAGAGACAGUCGACAGCGAUGUGACCACGGAGGUAGAGGAGUUCAGCUUCAUCACCCAGCUGGCUGGACUGACCGACCAUCUUCCCGUCGGGAUGAGGCUCUAUGUUUCCAUUGAAAAAGGGGAAAGCUGAU